AUGGGUUACGGUGAAUAUGGUGCUGCAUCUGGUUAUUUUCCGUCACAACAACCGAAUCCCAAUAUUUGGGAAUCGAGCAAUGUCUUAUCUGAAGAAGAUGAGGCAGAAGAAGAUGAGAGGAUGAUGCAACCACUCAAAUCAACUCCGGAAUUUCGUGUUAGUGGUUCAAACAAUAGAGGUUGGUCGCGAUCAGAAACUGCGGCUCUUAUAUCCGGCUACAUGAACACCAGCACCGACAUAAUUACCGGCACAAAUCAAAAGAAGGGUGUAUUUUGGAAGAGAGUCUUGGACGCAUACGAUGCUGCCAGGGAAUCGAAUGCAGAUGAAAUAUCCCUACGAACUAUUAGUAGUUUGAAGGGAAGGUGGAUGCGAAUCUCUGAAGCCGUGUUAAAGUGGUGCAGAAGCUAUGAUAAGGCCCGGAAGCGAAAGGGAAGUGGCUAUAACGAAGAUGAUGUUAUCCAAGAGGCCCACAAAAUCCAUGAGAACUCAUUCGGACGAUUCACCUUCUACGAGGAAUGGAUCCAAUUAAGGAAGUGGGACAAAUUCCGGUCUUUCUUGGACCAACAAACAUUCAAGCCUUCGGUGGGACGUCCACAUUCAACUCCACUGACGGAUGAGUCUGUAGGGAGCGGAAGUAGUGGGAAGAGGACACGGGAUGAGGGUGACAAUUCCUCACCUACCACACCAACCAGCGUGGGUGUCGGUGAUGAGAGAGUAGCUCGUGCUGAAGGUAUUUAA